AUUAAUUAGUAUUUCAGCAUCAAAGUAAGUGGUACCAUUAAGUGUUGAAGCACGCUCCCUAUGGUUCAAGACCUGUCGGAUGUUGUAGGGGCAAUACUUUUAUUGUAGAGUUUUAAGAUUUUGGAUCGAAAGAGUUUUUUGGAGGUAAAAAUGCCACUCGCACCUAUGGAGAGUUGUGGACACCGAUUAACGAUCAUUUGUUUCUGUUACUGCUUGCUUGUCACUGGAUCUGUGGCUGAGAUAUUGCCGUCAAUUCUAUGGAAUUCUGAAAAUCCAUUGUAAGUAUCUUAAAUGAUAUUCUACCAUCAACAUUUAUUUUCCGUGAAAACAGAAAUCGAAGCUAAGUUCUUGAUUCAAAGCUAACAAUUCAUGCACAAGACCGUUGACAGCUCAUUAUCAUUUCGUUUCAUAAUGACGGUUUUACAUGUCAUCGUGCCGAAUUUAAACUAAGGAACAUAAAAAGCGUUAUAAAAAGACAAGCAAUAGCUAUAAGUUAGAAAAGGGAAGUUCCCUUGCGGCUCUUACUGUGGCAGACCUUUUAGACAACCCGAUUUAAAGUUGUGUUUAGGGGGCAAACACAACGUUGCGGUUCACCUAGCAACGUUUUAAAUUUUGGUCACUAAAAAUUUUUUGUCCUGACUUGAAACAAGAUCCUCAGUACUGUUUUCAAAUAAUCACCUCUAGGCUUAAUCAUUUUAUCUGAAAAUCGUUUCAAAGUGCUCUCUUAGAUUUUCGGGUUAGGAAACAUUGCACCUUACUUAAAAUUCGUAGACAUUUGAUUACGCAAGUCCUGAUAACAAAUAGACCGUAAAACAAAGGAAACAAAGGUAUGAAAGAAAAUCCAAAUGUUUACUUGCUCAGUGCCAAACAUCAGCGGUAAAGCCAUUCUAAAUCAAACAUAUCUGAUCCAAUUUUAAUUGCUUUCUAUUCCAGUUUUAAUAACCUACAUGAAAGGACCAGAAAUGUCAUGGAAUUUGACCAGCUCUCAAUUAUUUGUCCCACCCUGGUGGACUACCCCAUCAAAAGAACAACUACUUAUUUGAAAGACUUGUUGUAUGAAAAUGUAUAUAUGGUGGACAAGAAGGGUUAUGACAACUGUAAUGCAACAGGAGGACUCAGUGUUUUAUCCUGUAAUGAUCCAGUGGGACACAUUUAUUACAGGGUUGUAUUUCAACCUCAUACCGUUAAUCCAAAUGAUCCAAAGUUUGAGAAAGGAAAAGAAUACUACUUUAUUAGUAAGUGCUAAUGUUUCAUAAUAGAUCCAAUAAUUUUUUUUCUAAAUUCUGAUUAACUGCAAUCUAAUGACCUCAUUUCAUGUAUAUGUUUAUGUGCAUUUACUUUUUAAUGCUGCAUUUUUAUGUAUUUAUGAAUUUAUUUAAAAUUUUUUUUGGUGUGUGUGAAGAGGUGUUUACAUUGAACUCUACAGCAGCUGCUUCUUAAUUUUACAUGUAUUGAGCUUUCUUGAAUGUGGGCUACAAAUUAAAAAUAUUUCUCUGAACAUUUCUUUUGCAAGGGUUUUGUGGUUUCUGAGAAAUAACCUGUCUAAGCUGCUUUUAUUGCUGCUUGGAUAACUCAUUUUUCCAGUAAUUACAUAUAUUUGAUUAGAGAGAAGGAAAGUCAACAUCAUCUAACUGUAAUUAUUGAAAGAAAUGUGCUUGUUAUGUUUUGCAUUUGUAUUGUUUGGGGGAACAAAAGAAAAGCAGAGAAGCUGCUACAGAACUUUUAGUUUGAUGGUCUCAGAACUUUUCAAAAAUUGACUUUAAAGUCCCAAUAAAAAGGAUAAAAAUCAAAAAAUAUUUUUCAACUGUCAGGUACUGCAUCAGGCUCACAAAGCUCAUUAACAAACACUCAGGGAGGACACUGUAAUUCAGGAAUGAAGAUGAAAAUAUAUGUCUGUGAAAGCAGCUCUGACCCAAAGUGUCCUAAUGGAAACAGUGGUAUGUUACAUGUAUCUCAUUUCACAUAAUUAUCCAUCUUUUUCAUGCCUGGCCUAGUGGAUUUGCAGGCUGAGGCAAGGUGAAAUAAAUCCUGUGUUCCUAUUGGCUUCCUAAAUGAGCAAGAUAAGUCUACCUUGCCCACCAGUGAUUGCAUGCCUUAGAUGACUUCCAGUGCCAUCUUGGUCACAAUUUGAAAUCUCAAUGAUGUGUUUUCAGAUCUACUGGUGCACAAAACUUUUAGUUAUCUUCCUCUCUAUCCAUAUCAUGGCAAAGAACUCUGUGCUAAAAGAAGUCCCCUUUUGUAUCUUUCAGUUGUUAAUGGUGGAUGGUCUGACUGGAGUGAAUGUUCGAAUGGUCUUCAAAGACGAAAAUGUAACAAACCUGCCCCAGCGAGUGGGGGACUACCAUGUGUUGGUGAUGAACAAAGAGCAUGUUCGACAGAAGCUGCACAAGUACUUUGUAAGGGGCAUUCAUGUACUAGUAAGUGAACAGUUACUGUUACCCUUUCACUGCCAAGAUCUCAUUAGUAAUUCUCCUUACUGUCUCACUGCUGUACAAUUCUUACAAUUUUAGUUCCAAGAAUUUGUUACUGAAUCAACUGACAAUCCCCUAAUUGAUAUUUCUCUUUAUUCUCAUCACUUGUCUGCUUGAAAUUUUAUGGAUAUUGUAGGGAGAAAUUCUGUCUUUGUCACCUAUAGGAGUUAAAGGGUUAAUGUCAGAAGUUGAUGUUUGGAUGUACAAGUAAUAAUGGGUUUGACUGAAAGUUUUUCCAUCCUUAAGGCAGGCUGGUAGUUACCAUUGAGGAGAAAUGACAAACCCCUUUUUUUCCCUUCUUUAAUUUGCUUUUAGAUCCCACUUUGGAAGGUCAAACAUCAACUUCACUAGGUAAAGCAGUUUACAAUUUUUAGAUAACAUGUGUCCUGUAUAUUUCUGUCCCAUUCAAAGUUUGCUAGUUUGGGAUGUUGAAUGUUGUUCAUAUACAUCUCUGCCAAGAUCUCAUCAGUAAUUCUCCUUACUGACUGCUGUACAAUUCUUAUGAUUUUAACUCCGAGAAUUUGUUACUUGAUCAACUGAUAAUCCCCUAAUUUAUAUUUCUCUUUAUUCACAUCACUUGUCUGCUUGAAAUUUUAUGGAUAUUGUAGGGAGAAAUUCUGUCUUUGUUACCUAUAUGAGUUAAAGUAUUUCCAUCCUUAAGGCAGACUGGUAGUUACCAUUGAGGAGAAAUGACAAACCCCCUUUUUUUCCCUUCUUUAAUUUGCUUUUAGAUCCCACUGUGGAAGGUCAAACAUCAACUACACCAGGUAAAGCAGUUUACAAUUUUUAGAUAACAUCCCUGGUGAAAAACCUCACAGGAUCUUUGAGGAUCUUCAAGGAUUGACAAAGACCUGCCAAAGAUCCUUAAGGACAAGGAUCUUUAAAAGAUCUUUAAAGGAUCUGUAAAAGAUCCUCAAAGUGUCCUGUUAUCCUCAUUUGAUAAAGAUCCUCAAAGGAUAUUACAAAAGAUCCUCAUAAGGAUCCUCGCAAAGUUCUUUUCAAGGAUCCUUCAAGAUCCUCAAGGAUUUAGCAAGGAUCUUUCAAAGACCCUCAAAAGAUCCUUUCAAGGAUCCUUUCAAAGAUCUUUGUAAGGAUCCUUAAGAUUUAAUCAGGAUCUUGCAAGGAUCCUAGUCAAGAUCUUUGCAGGAUCUUUUUGAGGAUCUUUCAAGAUCCUCAAGGAUUUAAUGAGGAUCUUUUAAAGACCUUCCAAAGAUCCUUUCAAGGAUCCUAUUAAGAUCUUUGCAAGGAUCCUUAAGGAUUUGAUCAGGAUCUUACAAGGAUCCUACUCAAGAUCUUUGCAAGAUCUUUUCAAGGAUCCUUCAAGAUCCUCAAGGAUAUAAUGAGGAUCUUUUAAAGACCUACAAAAGAUCCUUUCAAGGAUCCUGUAAAGAUCUUUGCCAGGAUCCUUAGGAAUUUGAUCAGGAUCUUACAAGGAUCCUUAAGUCAAGAUCUUUGCAGGAUCUUUUCAAGGAUCCUUCAGGAUCCUCAAGGAUUUAAUGAGGAUCUUUUAAAGACCUUCAAAGGAACCUUUUAGGGAUCCUGCUAAGAUCUUUGCUAAGAUCCUUAAGAAUUUGAUCAGGAGUUACAAGGCUUUGAAGAUCCAGUCCCAUUCAAAGUUUGCUAGUUUGGGAUGUUGAAUGUUGUUCAUAUACAUCUCUGCCAUUGCAUGGACUUGUAUGUACAGUAUUGUUUAAAAGUUCUGGCUUUUUGAUGAAUUUUGGUCCAAAAUGAAAUUUUUGCAACAUGUUGUCAAAUUUGCGAGACAGAUAUUGUUUGGAUUUUUCUGAAAUUUCUCCCAUGUAACAAUGAGAGGGACCCUCUACAUUAACUCCAUAACCUCUCAAAAAAUGUUAGCAUCUAAUUCUUUUUCCAGUAUACCUAAGAAAUGUGUAGAAAAUAAUGUGGAGAACAUGUAUAUUGGUGGAAGGAUAUUCAGGGUUAAAAAGCUCAGCGUAUUCAAGACACUGGCCCCAUUUCAAAUAACACAUCUUGGUACAAAUAGCCAUAUAAAAUGUCUGCGCAUGCAUUUAAUCCUUUAACUCUCAAGGUCUGAUUGUUAAUUCUCCCCUCUAGAUGCUACACAUAUCUUUGUAAAUUAGUUAUGAGAAUUUGGUGUAAGAUCAAGAUAAUUAACAACUUCUAGCUGAUAAGUUUGCAUAUUCCCAUUACCUGUUUGCUUGAUAAUGUAUAAAUAUUAUAGGGAGAAGUUACAUGUUAAUCACUUCAGGGAUAGGGUUAAUUUUCUUUCUAAUCUUUACCCAGUACACAAUGCAAGAGAGAUCUCUUUCUGGGGGAUGAUGUACAACAAAUAGAGAUUAUGAUCUUACAAAAGUUAUAUAAAGUUAAAUAUUUCUUAUUUUCUCCUUUAUCUGUCUCUCUUAGGACUUCCUUCCAGAGAAAACAGAACUGGAGGUAUGCUUUUGAAUCUUUUAUCCAAAUACCAGUAGUUGUGAUGAUCAGGUCUUGUUUCACCCACUUGAAGAAAUUUAGCAACACAACUGUGUGCCAAUAAAAUAAGUUUAUAGUCUUAAUUAUGGUAGUUGCUGCGUUGAAUCAACAAGCUUUACUUAAUUUUUUUCACUGUUAUGGAUAAUAAGUAACUGUUUCUCAAAGUCACUUUCCAAAAGAUUUCAGUUAUUCUGGUUUAACCCAAUGUUGUGUUUACUGUGGUUAGUAGUUUUCAGAAAAAUAUUCUCUAAUUCAGAGAGCUUUGUCAAUCAAUAGUUAUAUACUCUGUGUUGUCUUUUUCAUAGAUAAUUCUGGUGAUAAAUUGGAGUUGAAUAGAGGACUGUUUGUUGGAAUAUGUCUUAGUAUAUUCAUAUUUGGGAUUUUCAUUGGUGGAAUAAUUGCUAUUUUAGUAUGUAGAGUUUCUAGACGCAAGUCAAAAACAAGUAAGUGCAAUCUGUUUCUCUGAGUUCUAACUCUAAGCUAAACUUUUUGGCUGUACACAUCCAAAAUAAUCCUAAAUGAAAAGAUGUUCUCAAUUCUUGUGACAAAAAGAUUUGCUUCUGUAGUACAUCAAGAGUUAUGAGGAAACAGUGGCAAACUGUUGGAGAUAAUGGACCAAACUCUAGGGUUUACUUUGAACUAAAUUAAGUCGACAUAAUUAUUUAUGGGGGAAUAAUUUCAGAUAUUAGUAGUAAUAUGGUUUAUUAUAUCUCUCAGCUAGUAUGUACUCUAAUAAUGUGCAAUGAAUUCAUACCCCACCAGCUGAACCUAGAGAUAUCACUAGUAUCUUACUACCCUCAUUUUCUUGGUCCGUACGAUGUAAGUUACAGAACCUUGUUUUUUCCACUCAGAUUUAUGGUUCACACGCUUUGCGUUUAAUUGGGCAAUAAAUCCAAGCAGAAAAAACUAGGUUUGUACCAUACAGUACCAGUACAGACCAAGAACACAAGGUUAGUAAGAGGUGUAAACUUUUCACUUUUAAUCACACUUUUUGAGAAAAGCCUUUAGACUGAAUAAAAACCACAGGCAAAUGAAGCUUCUCUUAAAUUUUAAAAAAAAUUUCAGUCUGUAGUAUUCCCUCUGCAGUCAUCCUUGUUGUGUUAAAGUCACAUGCUAGGCCAUGGCUCAUAAUGUUUUUUUUUUUUAAUUUUUUGAUUUGUUUUAUUUUACACAGAUGCCCAUAUUACAAGAGCUCCUAGCAAAUUAACUGGUUUCUCUCGUCCAACUUCACUAGUUUCUACAUUAUCCACAGUUAGUGAGAGUGCACAAAUGGUGAAAACAUAGCACUUAGUAAAUGCAACCAUUAUUUACAACCAUAACCCUUUCAGUCCCAUGGGUGACCAAUACAGUAUUUUCUCCUCACAACACAGACAUUUCCAAGCAGAAUGUGAUAAUAAUAAGAAGGAAGAACAUGUAGUGGGACAUUUAGAGCAAAAUUUUAGGGUUGUAAAAUCGUGAGAAUUGUCUAUGAGAGAUAUUUGAAAGACUGAUAAUGAGUUCUCAAACUCAUUGAUUAUUCAUAAGGUGAUCAUCCAACCAUGACAUGCCAAUUUCAUCACCUGCUUGUGGUUUGAAACCCCGGUGAAAGUUUCAUAUAAUAUCAAACCCUUGAGUUUGAUAAAGCAUCAAACUCUAGUGAACUCAUUUCUUGAUUUGAAUAUCAAUACAACAAACUUACCAACAACAUGUGAAAAAUUUGUGAGUACUUCUAUUUUCUUUUAUUCUUAAGGUGCGAUUGAGAAGCUAUUUCAAAAGCUAUUUCAAAAACUUGUGCAUCAGGUUUCAUUGGGGUUUCCAAACACUCAAAAACAAUGAAAGCAUUAUCAGUUUUCUUGUGUUUGGAAACCUUGAUGAAACUCUCACACUGGUUUUUGAAAUAGUACAUUUAGGGUGGUCACUCUUAAUAUUUCCACCAUUCUGGAGCUUAGGGAGUGAAUGGGUUAAAAUAUUUAUUUAGUACUAAUGUUUAGUCAGCUAUUUAGUAUCCUCUGUGAGAAUAGUUUAGAACAUUUGAGACUAAGCAAAUUUACCUCUAGAUAAAAUAUUUCAAUAUUAUGAAGAGGGAUUCUUUAACAAGGGGCCUUUGCGCAUAAGCCCCAGUUGUUUGGAGGGUGGAUAAUACUAUCCAACUUGUAAAUUACUUUCCUGUAGAUAUAGAUUUAAUACAUGGAUAGUGUUAUCCACCCUUUGAAAACCAGGGCAGACACUUCAGUAAAUAUUAUGCUUUCCUGGUCAUUUCUUAACAACUGGUUAACUGCAUCUCUUAAAUUAGCAAUUUUGGAUUGCAUUAUUGAUAGCGUCUGUUUGAACCUAUCAUUGAUGCAAAUCAAAGAGAACUACAAGCAUUAAAUACAUUUGUAUUUUCUUGCACAAAGUUUUUUAAAAAUUAAAAAUUGGUGAGAUUUGACAUUUCUCCAUCCUCCCUGAAAAACUGAACAUAACAUAGGUAAAAAUGGGAUGGAUUUUAUAGUUCUAAUUAUUUUUUCAUCAGUAGACUCUAUUUGGGUGUGCUAGACCUCUUUAGACUGUAGCUAUGAUAAGUGAUUGUCAUAUAAUUAUUUAUUUAUUGAAAGAUUCACUAGACUCCUUGAAAAAAUUGUCUGAUUUGACUUGGUAUUUUAUCGCAACCAAGGGACUUGGGAGAUGCCUAUCAGAAUUUGUGAGAAAACUAAAAACUAAAUUUUUGAGUCCAAUGUUUGAGAGUGGAAAGUAUUAUUUUUCGUAAAUAAAUUAUUGUACAGGAGUUUUACUUCUAGCUUGAAAACGACAUGUUGCGUUCUGUGCAAAAAUGUAUUUCCGCG